UGCGUCCUGGUAACAGCCCGCCACGAAUUAAAAAUAGCAACGCUUCAAAUUUGGCUCGUUUUUGUGAAAUGCACAGGGAAAAGCUUCUCUAGGGUUCGAACGGGACGCUGGAAAUUGUCUCAAGCCUAUUUUCACGUCGUGAAAUUGACCUAACGAUUUUUUUGAAUUCGUAAAAAUGAGACAUUGCGCAAGUCACAUCAUGGCCCGCCUUGGAAACAAUUGAAAUACGAAAUCGAUGCAUAUUUAUCAAAAAUGAUACUAUCACUGAUAAGGAUUUUCCUGCUAAUUUCUAUUUUAAAAACAAGUUGUACGUUGGACGAUAUUUACAAAAAUUGCAGGGACAGGGAGCGACUAAUUGAACCUGAAAAAGGUGACCUCUACACAUUAAUUGAUGCAACGCUUGAUCAAAAGUUAACGUUGCAGUGCCAUUAUUGCGGCGAAAACGACGACGGGAGACCAAAAAUUUGGUACAAAAUCGGGGAUAUUGGAAGCCCUGCACCUUCCGAAGUGGAUUUGGACAUGAACAAUAAUUCUACAUUGGCGAGAGUCCACGUAAACAAAGAGCACAGCUUGAUUAUUCAUAAUUUUACCGAAAAUGACACGGGGCUGUAUUACUGUGAGCGAUACGAAGGAGAGCAGCAAGACAAGUACAAUUAUUUGGUCGAUCUCAUUUUCCACGAUAACGUUACGACGCUGGAAACGGGCAAUAUCACAGUUUGGCGCAAAUACCACGAUGAAUAUUUCCUGCCAAUCAAUAUGUUAUUUAACCACUCGGAGGGUGUGGAAUUCCGGCACAUCCGCGAGCAAUUACACGUUGAAAUGGAAAUGGUCACAAUCUGGGGGCCGUGGGGCAUUUGCCAGGUGUGUGGGCGCCCGAAAGACGAAGGGAUUAGGAAAAAAGUCGGUUACUGCAGAAUUAAAUUAACACAAAAGGGCAGUGCCUCAUUGCAAAAUAACACCGACUUACAUUUUAUCAAAAACGCAAACGAAAUUGCCUGUCGCUCGAAAAUUUUGGGCAGGAUUUUGCCCGGUGUUAGCAACUUGACCCGAAUUAUACCGAAUUUUGUGCAAACGGAGGCCUGCCAAGGGACUUGUAACCCCGAUGCGGAGGGUUUUAGUAAGGGUUGGAAAGCGGGCAAAACUUCAGCGUUCAAGUAUCGAAAAAUUUUCGUCCUGGCUGAAGGCUCGCACUUAACUUUAGUGUGCCCGGAAUCAACUCUGGAAAAUAAAGUUGUUUGGAAGAAGAACGGUAAAGUUCUGGAAGCCGGAAAAAGCGUCACGCCCCCAAAUCCAGAAGACGAACCCCGGAUUAUUGUCGAUACUUUUAACACUUUGUAUUUAGUCAGCGUCAAAGAAUCGGAGGAAGGCAAUUACACUUGUCAAGUGGAUGAUAUCAGGAUGCAACAGAUAAUUAUUUUUACGAUAUCGAAAGCACGAAUAUUGACUCAAGCUUUUGUUCGCCAUAUGAUGUAUUUGGGAUUAGUUUUAUCUCUUACACUGCCCUGCUAUUGUGCUGGGCUUGUAAUAGUGUGUAGUAAAAAACGGACUUAUAAAAAUUACGAAGAACUGAAAGAGGAGGACGCCCGGAAACACCGAUACCUGAAAUUAACUUAAAUACACA